AAAGAUGGAAACCGCUGUCCUGGGAUUGACAAGUAUGCUCUGAUCAGCUACAGAUGCCAGCCUCCUGGCAGUGUCGUGGCAGAUCUGCCUAACUCGGAUGGUGGUAAGGAGGUUCUUGAAUCAUCACAACAGGACACAGUGAACCCAAUGCAAUCCUUGCUUCACCUGACAGCAAAUGCGAAGACUCCAUUCCCUGAUCAGAAAGUUGGUGAGCUGAACUUAAGCAUGUUGCUUCCAGUUCCUCAGUACAAUCGUUCUGAUCAGCUAAAACCAAUUUUCGAUUUUCUCGGAGGACAAAGUGACGCAAAGAAUAGAUCAUCACUCGGAGAAAAUCUUCCUGUUCCAAAAGAUUCCCGGCCGUUUUUGUCAACCGGAAAGCACAUAUCAACUUCAGUAGUCCAGGGCGGCAUUACAGCCUCUCCACUUGCGAGACACAAGGGCGUAACGCCAUCAACAAAGCUGCGUGUAGCUAGCCUUGCUUCGAAAUCUGAGCCCGGCGUUGGUUAUGACCGGGCUUCUCCUACAAAAAAACCUGAGUUUAUUUCACGAGUAAAUCCAACUUCCUCCCCUGAGUCGGUAUCAUCCAAUAAUGCAAACGUUCAUGAUGUUUUAAAUGCGAUAUCACCUUUUUCUACAAAUUCCCCUUCACAAACACCUUUGGAGUCAUCCAUAAACCUACCACCAAACCCGCAAGUCUCUACAACAACAGAGCCAUUUGAGGGCCUUAUGAAAACUUUUCUGACAAGUAAAUUUGGACAGGUGUUGUCGAAAAGCCUUCUCGACUCAGGGAGAACAGAGGAUUCGUCAUACAAAAACAUAAUGGCGCAGCAUUUUGGUUCUACUGUUCAACCAACCGCGUCAUUAGUCAGUAAAACAUCAACAAACGAACACAUGAUCGCGAAUCUAAUAUCCGGUCUGAUACAUCAACCUUCAGGGCAAGGACCAGCAGGCAUUUCGGCCGCAAACAAGGACGAUGGACAGAUGGCCACCAGUGGUACAAAUAAAAUGUCUUCUGCGACGAUUUCUAUAGGAAAUAAAGAAUUUUCAUUGGCUGAUUUAUCUAAAGCUUUAAACAACGAUCAGCAGACUCCAAAUAAAUUAAAAGGUGCAGAAACAGAAUUUCAGUUACCAAAACAGAGUCACAAACAGCGAACCAAAGAGAAAAUUAGGAAACUCAAUGAAAAGAUCGCUACACUGGAAACUCUGAGCGACGCAUUGGAUGCUUUGACAACGCGGCUGUCGCCGGAAGAGAGUAAGGGAGGAAACAAGCAGGAAGAAAUCUCGCCCGGCUCAGAGGAACCAGUCACUUUAGGGCAAGAGAGACAUAAAAAGCAUCAUACGCAUCACCAUCGUCAUCAAAAUGAUAAGUUCUCGCAAGACAUGGAUAUGUUGGGAACCCUCCUAGGUUGGGAUGCACCUUAUUCGCAAGAGAAGGAAACUUCUCUCGUUCGUAAGAAGGAUAAGGACUCGAACUUGAUCGAGGGAAUAAGGGGAAAUAAAGGAUUUAGUUCAAACGAUUUAAAAACAUUGCAAAGCAAGAUAAAUCAAGCUAUUGAGGCAGCGGAAACUGCUGGAAGAAAGCACGAUUCUAAGCAGCCAACGGCAUCAGCGUUGCUACCGCUUAUUUUAGCCGGAAAAUUAGGAGAAGACGUCGGAGCACAAACACGAGAAGAAGUAGCAACCAUUCACUCCCACCAAGGCGUAUCAAAAGGAUUUCUUCCAGCCACGGACAAGGAGCUGCAAGCGUUACAAGAUAUUCUAACCGGGCUGAUCGAUAAUGCUAAGAGAAAGGGUACACUGAAGCAGUUAGUGAAGCGAUGGGAUAAGAGUGGAGGUCCGUUUGCAGACAUAGCAAGAAACAUAUCAGAAUAUUUAAAAGGAGACAGUAGAAUGAAAAGACCGGUUACACUACUGGGGGUUGCCAAAAACUUUACCGGUAAAAGUGCAGCAGUUCCAGGUAAUUUGUCAAAAAGCACUGCGGGUCAAAACAAUAGAUCCAACGACUUUAAAACGUCUGCUCUGUUUACUGAGGCUGUGAACGCUCUUCUUGGCGCAGUUUCGAAGCGCCAUGGAUUACACAGAAGAAAUUCCACGAACCGUUCAUCAUUCAUGUCCACUGAUACUCUUAUUGACUUCAAAGGAGUACUUCUUGGAGGGCGCAUUAACAAGCUCCCGCCCCCAGAAGAUCCGCUCGCUGAAAUGGAAAGUAAGGUUCUCGCAGAAAUAUUGAGCGGAAAACAAAACAAAACGCUCGUCACGAACUCUUCAAAACUAACUAGCGUUACUGGAGGAAACAAAGCAUUAAAUAAAAAGAGUAACAAAAUUGACGUUAGGCACAAUAAUCAAACACAACUGGUUCAACACACUUUGGGUGGACAGAGCAAACAAAAACUUUCCUUCUCAAGCUAUGAAAAAAAGAACGUUUCUAAAAGCAUUAGGAAUAACACCUUAAUGGACUUCAUGAACAGUAUGGAGAUGCCCGAGAGAGACAAAAGCCUUCCAAAGAAUGUCAAACCAGGUAAUAAACAUUCCAAAGUGAGUCCUCGUAUUGAUGAUUUGAUGACAGCAAUUGCGGCAAGUCUAUUAGAUCUGAACGAGGCCAAAGAGGAUAACUCUUCAAAACACAAGCCAUUAAUAAAAUACGACGAAAGCGGUAUUGAUAAAUUUCCAAAUGAUCAUAAGAUAAGCGACUUUUCUAAUGAAGAUGCUGUGCUGCAAGCACCCACAGAUCACUUAGCAUACGUUAACAGCAACAACAGCAACAGAAAUCGAUCCAAUGAGCUAAAUAACUCUACAAAAUUGCCUCUUAAAGUCACUUUGCCACAGAAUAAUACGAAAAACCUUUUACCAAAUGAAAGAGCCAAAGGUACACCUGGGGUGAUCGAGAAAGUUGACCCGGGUGAUCAGACAGUGACGUUGACUUUGGAAACAGUAGAUGACGUCCCCACGCCCUCUCCGCCAUCCGAUGACACGCCCAAGAUACAAACCGGAUUACGUAAUGACAAGGUGCCACAUAACCUCAACGUUCAGUCAGUGGCAACACUUGGUAAAAUAAACGCCACAAAUGCAAAAGAUAAAGAGCAUUCCUUUACACAAAGAAUCAUUAAAGAGGAACCAAAAGUGCAUUCUGAUUUGACGGUGGACACAAGGAAGCCUGAAGUAGCUUUGCCAUCAGAUGAUGACGGAAAAUUAACGUCCAUUUCGGCUUCCCCUGAGUUAAAUCCUGAAACUGUGGGAAAUAACCAAAAACCGUCAAGCCCAGAUCUUCCCCUUGAUUUGCAAAUGAAUGCGAUAGGUAGAAUAGCGGAAGACGAUGACCAGUCAUCGGUCUUACCGACUGAUUUGUCUGCUGCCUUGCCGUCGACUCCAGACCUCUCCCCUGGAUCUUUGGCCUCUAAAAAUGGUGAGGUGAAAUCUUUCGAAGACAAAGUCCUACCAAUGGCCUCAGAUUUAACACUUUCAAACGAUUCUAAAGGUGGAGAAACCGAGAGCAUUGUAUCAAAAUUGUCAUCCAAUAAUGAUGACAAUCCCACGCUGAUCAAACCAAGUUCCACUGCUGUCACACAAGGAGGCGACACCAGACCCACUGCGGCUGAAAUACGAGAAAUAUCAACUUCAGUCAAGGCUUUGUUGAAAGUUCUAACAACCUAUUCAAAGAGGUUAAGACUUGAGGACGAUCAGGGUGAAGAAGCUUCACCGAAGGGCAAACUCCCAACGAGAAGCAGCACAGGCAAUAAAGUGAACGUUAGUGUUGCAAGCGUAAAGGAAGAAGAGCUGAAAAAACCUUGGAAAACAGAACUUCCCUCAACAAAAUAUACUAAUAACGUGUACGCUAGCUUUCCUGUCUCAUCACCAACGCUACCCAGAUAUGCUGAUAGUGGUGUGUUCGAAAAUAUCCAGGAACAGCCAAGCAUAGAAGCAAGUAACUUCAACUGGAAUCCAGCCCAAGAGCCCGCGCAUGCCCAAAUGCCUUUCGACGCGAGCCCUACUAAGACUAGUUUAGAACCUCAAAUUGGUGCUGAACAGUGGAGACCUGGGAAUGCUUUGGAUGCGAUGGGUGAAGAGCUUAAAGAGUUGAAUUUACCUUCAAUUGAGGAUGACCCUACGGUACGAGCGGUUCAGAAAAUGGUGGCAGAUGAAAAUGCGUUGAUAAGUGAGAAACGAAAAGCGAUUCAAAGGGUCAAGCCGCAGGUUUUUAAUGUGACUAAGAGUCAACAGCCGGCGGGUGGGCCAGGAGUGUUUAGUCGCAAUAACAUACCUAAACACAGAGGUCAUCCGACAAAUAGUUCACUUGUGGAAGGUAAAAAGAGCCACCAGAAAUUCAAUUCCUUUGAUAAAAGUAACAGGAAAAGGAAGAAGGAAGCCAGAGGCAGGGACAUUAUCGCAAAGCUGAGCAACAACACGAUUUCUCAUCAUCACACAUCGACUGUUGGUAACAGAACAACCACCGAACCCACCCUACAAAGGAGUGAAACUCGCCACGAUGAUAAAAAAUUAUACAGUAAAAAGGUGAUACGAAAAAACACGCACAGUACUAAGUUGAUGAGGAACAGAGACGAAAUACCCGGCGAAGCCGUCUAUACACAAAGACUUAACGAUUCUGCGCAUGCACCGAAAGACAAGUUGAAUCCUCAAAAACGGCCAGUUCAUUCAAACACAACUUCUGCUGGAGAAGUUGCAGGUCUGAAAAAUACUAAGCAAGAAAAACGUGAAGGGAAAAUUUCUGCCGGAGGAAAAAGUUAUGACGGAUCACACCAUACUACAGUCGUCAGUGACAUAACAAGCUUCAAGAAUAUCACAAAAGAAAAACUAAACCGUGUUUUCGCUAAAGGAAACACCCCAAAUAUAAAUGGCACUGAGUUAAAACAGAACCACAAUAGACCAACGAAUGUCACACGCAAAAUAAACAAGCGACAGUCGGUAAAAUAAUUGACUCAAAUUUCAAGUCCUUGCGCGAGAACCAGCCGGGUUAUGUAAUAGAUGUAUAGCUGGUUAGCCCUUCAACCCCUUAUUAGAGUGAUUGACUUCUAAUUUCUCUUUAUGGUAUCCUCCUUGAAACAAAUGUAAAGGUCAUGAGAAUAAAUGAACUGAUCACCACUUUAAACAGCUACUGCUUGUUAAACAAAAUCUCUUUGUCAUUACCAUGGCAAAUGUAAAGAGAAGAGCCUGUAGAGUCUGAAUACCAGUGUAAAGGGUGUAAUUUAAAGGGUUAAACAAAGUAGAUUUCUUGGAUCAUGAUGAUGUUUAUGUAAAAUGCAUUAUCUGCGCGCAUGAGCAUAGAGUUGAUGCCGGAGUCAAUCAAACUUGUUUUGUAAAAUGAUGAUUGGAAAA